AUGGGUAUCACAAAGCAAUAUCUACGCUAUGCUCCAUUAGACACUUUCAAUAUUAUUACUAGCAGUAAUUCAAAUAUUACCUUCAUUGUUUACCAAGGGCAAGAAGGUAGAUAUGUUGCAGUAGGUGGUUGUGAAAAUGUUUUUGUGUGGGAUCUUCGCCUAGGAGAAAAGGCACUUGUUAUUCCCAAUGAAAACCAUGUUGAAGUUACUCAUAUAGCUGCUAGUCCUGACCGUAUCCAUAUAGCUAUUGGAUAUUCUGAUGGUAAAAUAGGCAUAACAAAUACUAUUACAGGAGAACUGAAAACAAUUUUUUCUGGACAUCGCUCAGCAAUAACAUCAUUGUCCUUUGAUGAAGAAGGACAUAGACUAGCUUCUGGAUCCAAGGAUACCGAAAUCGUUACAUGGGAUCUGAUUGCUGAAAAUGGAAUAGAAAGACUUAGUGGUCACAAAGGAAUUAUUACAUCAUUAGUGUUUAUGAAAAAACGAAAUGUUCUUAUUUCUUCAAGUAAAGAUACCUUUAUCAAGUUUUGGGAUUUGGAUACAGCAUUCUGUUUUCAAACUAUUGCAGCCCAUGUUACUGAGGUUUGGGGUCUAGUAUUAAUCGGAGAAGAUGAAUACGUUGCUGCAGGAAGCAAUGACUGUGAAGUAAUGGUUUGGUCUAUGAAAACUGAAGACCAGCCACAAGAGUUAAGUGAUGCUACUGUCACCAAGUUUCAUAAUAAUCUGAAAGUGACAAAAGCUGGUUCAGUUUUACGAGAAGGUAAAGGUCGAGUUGUGAGUAUGACCGCUGAUAAUUCAGGAAGGUUAUUAUUAUUGCAUGGUACGGAUUCGAUGAUAGAAUCUUUUUACUUUUUACCUGAGGAAGAAGCAAAAGCUGAAGCACAAAAGAGAGCCACAAAACAGAAAAAAAAGUUAAGCCCUGACACUAUCGUUUCAACAGACGUUACUUUGAUAGAUAUUGUUAAAAGAUUAACUAAAAUAAAAGCUGGUGGUAAAGUAAAAUCAGUAUCUGGAGUCAGAGGAGCCUCAGAGUUAAGGGUUGCUGUAUCAUUGAGCAAUAAUAAAUUAGAAUUAUAUUCUAUUACAACGAAUUUGAAGAGCAAAAAAGAAGCAGUUCUUCUUAAAACUAUAAAAACUCAGGGUCACCAAGGAGAAGUGAAAGCAGUUGGAUUCAGUUCAGAUGGUUUGGCUAUAGUAUCAGCUGGUUCUUCCUCUGUUAAAUUGUGGAACAGGUCAUCUCUUCAAUGUCUAAGGACAGUUGAUUGUUUCCAAGCAAUAAGUGUUUGUUUUGUGCCCGGUGACCGUCAUGCUUUGGUAGGACUGAGAAAUGGUCAUUUGCUAGUUGUGGAUCUUUCUGCUGGUGAAGUUCUGGAGGAAGUACCAGCCCAUACUGCAGAAAUAUGGAAUGUCAUUAUAUCUCCAGACCAGACAGGAGCUGCCACCUGUAGUGGUGACACUACAGUUAAACUUUGGAAUUUCGAACUUAUCAAUGUGGAAAACUCUAAAGCCAAAGUCCUUUCUGUACUUCAUACGAGGACUUUGAAACUUGAAGAUCCAGUACUGUCAGUCAAGUGUUCCCCUUGUGGCAAAUUAAUAGCUGCUGCAUUACUUGACUCCACAGUAAAGGUUUUCUUUUUAGAUACAUUUAAGUUUUUUGUGAGUCUCUAUGGUCAUAAAAUGCCAGUGACCUGUAUGGAUAUUUCUUCUGAUUCUGCAUUAAUUGUAACUGGAAGCUCAGACAGGAACGUAAAAAUAUGGGGACUCGAUUUUGGAGAUUGCCAUAAGUCAUUGUUCGCUCACGAUGACAGUGUAAUAGCUGUAGCAUUUGUUCCUGAUACCCAUUAUUUCUUCACUGCUGGAAAAGAUGGUAAAAUAAAGGAGUGGGAUGCAGACACCUUUAAUAAAAUUAUUACUUUAGAAGGUCAUUUUGGAGAGUGUUGGGAUUUGAGUUUGAACAAAGAUUUUGUUGUAACUUGUGGAAAAGAUAAAACCAUUAGAAUUUUUGAGAAAACUGAAGAACCUCUAGUCCUUAGUGAUGAACAGGAACAAGAAAGAGAGAAGGAAGAGGAACUAGCUACAGGACAAGAUUCUAUUGUUAAGUUGCCCUCAACAAAAACAGUUUCUUCUGAACAAGGGGCUGAGCUUCUCAUCGAGUGUCUUGAAAUAAUUAUUAAAUUCAAAGAAGAGGAAAAAUCUGGAGAAAAGCCAACCAUUCCAUCUGUAAUGGGUGCUUUAAAAGUUAAAACUCCUGAGGAAUAUCUUUCUAAAACAUUAGAAAGCAUUCGAUCCAGUGAGCUAGGAGAAGCGUUAUUGUUGUUACCCUUACAUUUGGUUACACUCAUGCUUUCUCUUCUUCCUUCUUUGUUAAUUGAACCUCUUCAAUCUGAAAUGGCUGCUAAAGCAAUGCUUUUAUUAAUUAAAGUUCAUCAUGGGCCACUUUCUGCCGACACCACUAAUCUUCCUCAAUUUGAAAAACUAGAAGAAACUGCAUUUGAAUCUAUAAGAAAAUUUAGGGAUAUGGUCGGCGUAAACUUAUUUGGUUUAAGAUUUUUACAGCGUGACAUUGAAGAAAACGAAGGAAUAAUACUAUUUAAAGACGCAACCACAAAACAGAAAGAAAAAUUAAAGAGGAAGCGCAAAAAGGAAAUAGCCAUAAAAACUAAUUCAAUUUUAAAAUUAUGA